CUUCCGAGGUAGUGUUUGGUCUUGUGACUUUAAUUCUUCUUAAAAAUGGGGAAACUUUGGAAAUAUGCAAAACUAAAGCAUGCGAGUCCAUAUCUCAAAGAAUGCUCGGUUCCAUAGACUUCAGUGCCAGACCUUGCGAUGACUUCUACAGAUUCGCUUGCAGACGUUUUGAGGACACUGCUUUAAUAGAUCAUGACCAGACCAAGAAUUCAACAUUCUCUCAAGUAGAAGACAAGCUCCAGGAACAACUGAAAGUGAUUCUUUCUGAAGAGCCCAAACCCGAUGAUCCAUUGCCGUAUAGAAACUUGAAGAAUCUAUUCUCACUAUGCAUGGACGAAGAGGCCAUCAACAGUCGAGGUACAAGCCACGCUGUAGCCUUGCUGCAGAAAGCUGGAGGAUGGCCUGUGUUGGGAAACUGGGAGGGAGAAAAUUGGAAUUUCCUUGACACUAAAAUAAAACUCAAAAAGCUCUCAAUUGGAGGUGGCAACCUCUUUUACGUCUACAUCUCGAUCGACAACAAGAAUACAACCCGGAGGAUUAUUGAGGUUGACCAGGCUGGUCUAGGCCUUUCCCGGGAGUUUCUGAUCCGAGGAGAGGAGGACUCUAUAGUGAAAGCCUACUACAACUACAUGGUAGAUAUGGCUGUGUUGUACGGGGCUGACAGGGAAACUGCUAAACAACAGCUAAGGGACUGUCUGCUGUUCGAGAUAGAACUUGCCAAGUUAACUGUUCCAAGAGAAGAACGAAGAGAUUUUGACAGAAUGUACAACCCUUACACUCUUCCUGAUCUCACAAAGGAGAUCCCAUGGGUUGACUGGAAGAAACUUCUCAAAAGUAUCUUGCCGGAAGACGUUCAACUACGGGAAAAUGAAAUGAUAAAUGUGGCGGAAGUCAACUUUCUAAAGGAGUUAGAACAGUUGUUGUCUAAGUACCCAAAACAAGUGUUGGCCAACUACAUGGUUUGGCAUGUUGCACGACGCUUGUCAGAAUUCCUUACAGAUGAGAUGAGGAACAGAAACCAGGAGUUCAGGAGAACCACUGAUGGUACCACGGCCAGGGAUCCUAGAUGGAAGGAGUGUGUAGGCGUGGCUGACGGAAACCUUAAAAUAGCACUGGCUUCACUGUAUGUAAAGAGGUUUUUUGACAAAACGUCGAGAAAGGAAGCUUUCGAUAUGGCAGAGAAGAUAAGGCAGGAAAUGUACAAAGUACUUCAAGAAGUGGACUGGAUGGACAACGUAACAAGGUCUCAAGCUCUCUACAAGGUUCUCAAGAUCCAGGAUAACAUUGGAUAUCCAGACGAGUUGUUGGAUACAUCCAAGAUUGAGCAACAUUAUGAAGGACUGGUCCUGGACGGAGAACAUUACUUUGAGGAGCUACUGAAGUUGUCCAGAUGGGAAGACAACUACAACUACAGACAGUUGAGGCAACCUGUCAACAAAACAGACUGGCGGGAACACAGUAAUGUAGCCAUAGCCAACGCCUUCUACGAUCCUCUGGAGAACUCGAUGCUGAUUCCAGCUGGCAUUCUGCAGAGGCCAUUUUUUGACGCAAAGCUGCCUAAAUAUGUCAACUACGCAGCGAUUGGCUUAGGCAUGGCGCACGAGAUAACACAUGGGUUUGACGAUCAGGGUAGCCAGUUUGACUUCAACGGAGACCUCAAGGAAUGGUGGACCGAAGGCAGCAGGAAUAUAUUCAACGAGAAGAAGCGAUGUUUCAUAGACCAGUACAGCAACUUUGUGGACUCCAAGACUAGUUUGCAUCUCAACGGCAUCAACACCCAGGGUGAGAAUGUGGCGGAUAACGGUGGCAUCAAACUAGCCUACCGAGCCUACCAGAGACUCAACCUAGACGAGCCUCUUCUGCCAGGACUGCAGAACUACACCCAGGAUCAGCUGUUUAUGCUCAGCAUGGCAACCAUAUGGUGCACCAGAUAUCGUCCCCAGGCACUCAGGUUGCUGAUCACUACAGAUGUUCACUCUCCAACAGAGUUCCGUGUCAACGGUCCACUCAAGAACUUCCCUGAGUUCUCCAAGAUCUUCAGGUGUUCAGACAAUGAUGCGAUGAACCCUCGACAUAGGUGUGUGGUUUGGUGACCUUAAUUCUGCCAGGGACAUUAAAUGGAAAACAAAAUUAGUAAACAUAUUCUGUCUGUUUUCUUUGGGAAUAGUUAAACUGUCGCAUUCGGUAACAGUUGAAUGCUAAUCAAAACCCCCAGAUGUAAUUAAUUUACUUGAAAUAUUUUUAUAAUGGCAUGAUCAGAUCUUUUAAACCUAAAAAUCCAUAAGUCCAGUACUCAGACCUUUAGUUAACAAAUUAGUUUUUUCAGCUACAUUCUAAGUUUCCUGCGAUACUGGUCCACCAAUAACAUUUUUUGCUCCAAAAUUAACUACGAUUCCUAAAAUGACAACAAUAAUCUUCCCUUAGUUUUUGAAAAUACUGUACAUGUUAAACAUCCAUAAUCACAUCUUACUCAUAAAAGCAUGAGUCUCUUGGGGGGGGG